AUGCAAGCAGUCAGGGUUAAUGCACGCCGCCAACUUCGGCCUUCUCUGAUAUCAACCUAUAUUCAAAGCCAGCGGCUACGAUCAGAUGCACCUGGGAGAUCCAACACUGAAUCUUUCCCCGAGACCACUGAAACCAAAGUGAAAGAGCCGUUUGCUGUCUUUCGCGAUGUUCCUCCUUUACGAAAAUUGCGCCGCACCAUGUUCAAGGAGGGAAGGCAAGUCGGACUCGUUCCAACAAUGGGAGCUCUACAUGCUGGGCACUUGUCACUGGUCAAGCAUGCUUUGGAAGAGAACAGUGAUGUCUUCGUCUCCAUUUUCAUCAAUCCUACACAAUUCGCGGCUCAUGAGGACUUGAGCUCCUACCCCAAAACUUGGGAGGAAGACUUGAGCAUGUUGAAGCAGCUAGAAGACGAACAUGCUAAUUCAUCUUCACCAAACAAGCACUCCCGAAUUGCCGGCAUUUUCGCGCCCACUGUCAAAGUAAUGUACCCAACAUUACCUCCAACUUCGGAUGUUGCAGGCGAUGGCUCCUUUGUUACAAUCACUCCUCUUGGGAAAGUCCUCGAGGGCGCUUCUCGCCCUAUCUUCUUCCGGGGAGUCGCAACUGUCUGUACUAAGUUAUUCAACAUCGUCCAAGCCGAUCGUGUUUACUUCGGUCAAAAGGAUAUCCAACAGUCCGUCCUCAUCAAACGAAUGGUCAAGGAUUUCCAUAUCCCAACCGAAGUCCGCGUCAUACCUACAUGUAGAGAGCCUGAUGGUUUAGCCAUGAGCAGUCGAAAUGUCUAUUUAGGUGAGCGCCGUCGUGAGGAUGUCGCGAUCCUUUCCCGAGCCCUAUUCGCUGCUAGAGAUGUCUAUAACUCUGGCGUUUUGCUCGGAAAAUCAAUCAAAAACGCUGCUUAUGAUACAUUUAAUCAAGCAACAACUGCAAAAAGAGAUGAUGGCCGGCUCGGUGGGCAUACGCGCCUCGAGAUCGAUUACAUUGCCUUGAGUGAUCCGGACACCAUGAACAUGAUACCCGGUCUGGACAAGAUUGACCCUCGUCGCGGUGCUGUUCUCAGUGCCGCCAUGCUGGUUCGACCAGUUGACAAACCUCAAACUCUCGAAGAAGUGGAGCAGACAACAGUCAGGUUGAUUGACAAUGUCAUUCUGGAGCCUCGUCUUCCAUAA